AUGGCCGACCAACCGUCAAGUGUUGAGAACAACAUAGUCAAGUGCCACAGCAUUCUGGCCCGCCAUGAACAAGACUGUGGAGAUCCUUGGUUCAUUACCUACACGAGAUACUUCCAUAUUGAUGGUCCCAACGGACGCCAUCUCUGUCUGGUUCUUCCCUUCUAUGGUCGAAAUCUGCACUCUUUGUCGAAUUAUAUGAAGAGCAGAAUGAAGCCGCGAUUUGUUCAAGCGCACGCCUAUCAAGAAACAGAGAUUCUUAGGGACUUGCAUACCCGCGGCAUCUGCAUUGGAAUAUCAGACCAGGAAACCUCGUUCUCUGAAUUCGCAAUCUGGACCAUCUCGACGACCAAGGAAUUUAUCGCCUGUUUGACCGAGUCCGGCAGAAUCCCAGACCCGGAAGCUCCUCGCUACGUUGUCGGCUUUCUCGAUUUCAUGUUAAGUGGCGAAGACGUUCUUCUGAACGAAUUAUGCCUUAUUGGUUUUGACCAUGCAUUCGAGAUUUCGUUACCGAAGACAAUCGCACCACUACCUGAAUUUCUGGCGCCCAACGUAGCUGUAGGGAAGCCAGCCAGCCUAGCAAGUGAUGUUUGGACUCUGGGUCUCACAAUUCUAAACAUGCGUUCAGGCAUCUCGCUGUUCCCCUGUCAUGUCGAUUGCUCAGCACAUCUUAUUACAGAGUGCGUGAAGUACUUUGGAAUACUACCAAGAUCUUGGGAAGAGCCCUUUUAUGAUGAAGAGGGGCGGCCGACUUCAGAUAAAACUAAAGGCUGUCCAAGGGAAGUGUCUGACGAGAUUCACUCACUGAAGCAAUGGACCUGCGAUAUCUGGGACGAAUCAACGCAAGCCAAUGAGAAUGAGUCAACGCCAGCUGCGCCCUUUAUGGUCCGAGACGAAGAUAGGUCGCUUCCCGAUGGCUGUGACUGGCUGAGCGACGAUAUUUCCCCCGUCAUCAAUUACAAUCCCCAAGACAUAGAUCAACUGGCCGCCAUACAUGACAAUACAGAGAGAUCAUACCCGAAACACUAUGCCAAACAGGUUUGGGAACCUUCUGCUUUCAAAAUCAACGGCACCUACCUCCCAGAAGGUGGGGGAGUGGGAUGGUUCACCUACUUACCAGGAAAUAGUGAUGUAGAGGACAACCUUCAAUCAUUGCCGAGAAUAUCAACACAAGAAGCCGAUAUGCUAUAUGAUCUUUUGAGAAAGAUUUUCGUGUAUGAAGGACGCAUAAGUGCGGAGAAUAUCUUGGGUCACCCCUGGUUCGAGAUGGUUUAA